CAUAAUGACUCCGGCCCUUACUGAAACAGCAACACAGGGACCUGAAGUUCAUUUUUCCCCUUCCUUGACCUUAAGAAGUCUCUGCUCUGAUAGUAACUUACAUGCGGAUAAUUCCAGGGCUGUGGAGAUCAGCCUUCCUAAAGCCAACGGGCCCAGCAUGGUACGCACUGAUACAGAGCAGAACCAUCAUAUAGAUUUUACAAGCUUAAAGAAAAUUGGCUCCCAGUGCUCUCCACAUUAUGAAACGGUCUUUUUUGUGACCUCAAGUGCGGCCUUGAAUCUACAGCGUAGUGGUCCCGGGAGGAAGACUGAGGAGCAGGACACAUGCAGGCAGAUGUUCUAUGCGAAGAAAGACAUGCACCCUCUGUUAAUGAGUAUGGCUUUACAGCCUGAAAAAAAGGUGAAAAGAGAGCUGUUUCCGGAAAAUAUGAGCCAGUUUAUAGCGGACGUGCACAACUUCUGGAAUAUAACCGUGACGGAGACUCAAGACAUAGGCGGACUCCUCAAUACAAACUUUAUGUUGAAUGGGAGCCAGAAGGAAGACCUGCUCGCUUUUCCAUGUGCCAGUAGCUGUUCUUCGCCUGAUGGUGUUUCAGAUUUUUCCGAGGAUGUUUCUCACAAACGAAGUGAGAUUAAUUCUCGCCUCCUGCACUGCCUCAAACAGCAACAAGCGCUUGUAAACCGAGCAAAAAGAAAUCAGAAACGUUUGCAAUCUCUUUUGGCAAAUCAUGCUGCAGAACACUGCAGUCAACAGAUAAGAUGUUUUGUGAGUCAUCAGAUGCGAAAUACGAAGGUCCCCAGCACGUCUCUCACACACGAUGAUAGUCAUUCAGGAAAGGAUGCGGAGAGCAGUUCAAAGGUUAUCUCAGACAGCGAUUUCAAAAAUGGCGCCAGUCCCACAAUGUCGGCUGACAUCAGAAAGUUCUCUGUGUCGUCAACGGAGAUUCUAGGCCGUAUCAAGCAAGACUUGGAUUCUGACGUCACCGAAAGCAGCUCUGAUGAGGAUUGGGAUGGAAAAGCAGGGGUAUUUCAAGACAAGUGUAAUGCUGAACAGAAGUGGCUUUCAGUCCGAGCAAGCGUUGGAAGUCGCUGGGUCUGGCUACAGGCUCAGAUCUCGGAGCUGGAAUACAAAAUCCAGAAACUCGCAGAUAUUCACCGAGAAAUACGCUCUACAAAGGGAACUGUUAUGUUAGACAAACCCUCUAAAGGCAUUUGCAGGCAGGAGCAAAGUUUGCCAGAUCCCGGAGCUUUAUUGAGUCCUCCGGGGAGAUUGCCGAGACCCUCAAUGGAAAGAAAUCAGUCUCCGGUGAAGGAUUUAGAAAUGUCGCCAAGCAGCCCGACUCUUCUCCUGAGAAACAUAGAAAAGCAGAGUGCUCAGCUCACGGAGAUGGUCAGCAGCCUCAUGGUCCCUAUUAACGUUCCCAUGGAUUCGGCUAAAUCCAGUGGACAUAAAAGAGUGUCCGGCGGAUGCCCUCACAUAAUGUCAAGACAGCACGGUGACGGAUCAGUCUCAUUGAAAGGAUUCUGUGAGCAUCAACAAAAAAAAAGGAAGAGGGUCCGCGUCAAAGCUUCUUCUGCACAUGGGAGCAGCACCAGCAGCUGUGCAAGGGCCAGACCCCUACAGGCCUUCCAGAAACGGAAGCUUUAUAGGCCAAGUUUGACUAGCUCUCAAGCUGAUUUGGCUCUGUUCUCCCACAAAACUUUAAAUCCAUGUGAUGAGUCGCUAUACCACCCAGAUCGCGGCCCCACCUGGACCGGUUGUGACAAGCAGGAGAGCUUUGCUUUAAUGAACCGAAGUGAGAUAGACCCUUAUUUUCACCCUGUCAUAUCUCUGCCGUCUGACCUCCCUCUAAAUUUCCGCUUUGAUGCAUUGCUGAAGCAGAGUGACAUUAAGGGGGAGGCUGUUCUGAGCACACUAUUCACGGAAGAAGUGGAGAGAGAAUCCUCAUGUGUUCCUGAAAGUUGGAACAAGUAUCACACCACCUGCAGGCCGCAGACACGCUACGAAACGCGCAGGAGGCAGAGGAGAUAUAUGAGUGAGACGGAAGCUGAUAGCUGCAUAUCUUCCACAUUAGAAUCCAUAAAACAUGCUGCACCAGUUAAGGAUGUUUCUCCAGCUCUUCAGAAAUCAUCGGCACAGAGAUGCGUUAUGCGGGACUCCAAUACUAUGUUCAGUGCGUCAAGACGCAGAUUAAGAAGUGAAAGUUCUUAUGACAUCGAUAAUAUUGUAAUCCCCAUGAGUUUGGUUGCUCCUACCCAGUUGGAGAAAUUGCAGUACAAAGAAAUCAUAACCCCCAGUUGGAAGGUAGUGAUGCUUGAACCUCUGGAAACCAAACCCGACGAAGAGUUGGAAGACUUGUCAGAUGAGGCUUUUAGCUGCCGACAUGAGAAGUGUGAGCGGAGAGAAAAGGCUCGCUGGUCAUUCUGGGAGCAAAGCAAGUGGCCCAAGCGGAGCAGAUCUUCAAGCAAUGGCUUCAAUGCCUGGUCAGGAACUGUGUUGCCUUCCAGUGAGAACUCCAGUAGCCCUAGUGAUUUAUUACCAGAUCCUCACAACACUCACUUAACUGAUGAAGAUAAUUCCCAAUCCUCACAAGAUACAGAUGACGCUAUUAAAGUGAAGACGGAGCAGUGGGAGCGCAGGACUUUCCCAAUGACAGAAGCAGACACAGACAAAUUGCUUGAUAAAUCAGAGAAGCAAACACCCUGCGCUCUGAAAUCGCAUCUGCUACAAUCACCCUUGGAGAGGGAGCGACAUUUCCACUCAGCCGGGCUUCCGAUGAGACGUGACAGGAUUAUCUGUGUUCACACUCGCAGACCGUCACAGAACCGGGAGAAGAAAAAGGUGCAGCUUGCGAUAACUACGGACCAAUUACAAGCGACCUUCUGACGAGCCUGUACUCGGUGGACGCUUUCUUCAUUUCAACACUGGUCCAGAAGCAGCCUGCCUGAACUCUGAAGAAUUAAAUAUAUUCUCACUCGAGACCCUAAAUUUCAGAAACCGGUA